AAAUCAACACUGCAACAAAGUGGUUCGUUCGCGCGAAUUGAAGGUGCAGAAGGAGAUGGAGGAAGAAGAGCAAAACAACGAUACGAACACGAAGAAGAAGAGUAGCUCCGUCGUGAUAAGAAUCCCUUCGUAUCAAGAAGUGGUUGAAAGUUCUCAGGCGAGAUCAACGCCACCGUCGCUGUUCGUUCCCUCCCAAACCUUCUCUCAAGCCUUCGCGUUCAUCAAAUCCUCCGAGUUCUACUCUGCUCCUACUCCUCCUCCUUCUUCUUCACUCCCAAGGGAAACCAGUCAACCAAACCCUCCAUCUUCGUCUUCAUCUUCAGCAUCAACGACAUCAUCAUCUGCUACUACUACUACUACUCAGUCCGGUCAAACUCGCAAUGCAAUUCUUGUCAGCCACAGACAGAAGGGAAACCCAUUGCUCAAACAUAUUAGGAAUGUUAAAUGGACAUUUGCUGAUGUUGUUUGUGAUUACUUGCUUGGUCAAAGCUCAUGUGCUAUCUAUAUCAGUCUUCGGUAUCAUCUGCUGCAUCCUGACUACUUGUAUUAUAGAAUAAGGGAGUUGCAGAAGAAUUUCAAGCUUCGUGUAGUUUUAUGCCAUGUUGAUGUGGAGGAUGUAGUGAAGCCUCUACUUGAAGUUACAAAAACAGCUUUGCUUCAUGACUGUACCCUUUUAUGUGGAUGGAGCCUAGAGGAAUGUGGCCGUUAUUUGGAGACCAUAAAAGUCUAUGAAAACAAGCCUGCAGACAUUAUUCAAGGGCAAAUGGAUACAGACUAUCUAUCACGUCUGACACAUGCCCUUACGACGGUUCGGCAUGUUAACAAGACUGAUGUAGUCACCCUCGGUACCACAUUUGGGUCUCUAUCUCACAUUAUGGGUGCAUCUAUGGAAGAUCUUGCUCGCUGCCCUGGCAUAGGAGAGCGCAAGGUCAAGCGCUUGUUUGACACUUUCCAUGAACCCUUCAAGCGUGUGGAGUCCAGCCGGCAAGCCGUUCCAGAGACUUCUGCCCAGAAUAAGCCAGCUAGUCCUGAUCCAUUAAUGAGAAACAAUGCUGAAUCUUCUUCCUUGAUUAAAGACAAGGACGUAGAAGAUGUUAGCAAACGUAGGAAGGAAGAGCCUGAACUGACUGUCAAAUCUGCCCUUUCUGCAGCAUUUGCUAAAUAUUCUGACAGAGUUGGAAAGAACACUUCCGAAGUAGAAGAGAAAGAAGAAGAAUCAUUAGUUGUCAAGGAUUCAGAAGAUGAAUCAUAAAAUUACCAUUAAGUUUUACAAGAUAGUUUAGUUUUUUUUUUUCUUGAGCGAGAUAAUCUAGCGAGAUUUAGAAGCUUAAUUUAAAAUCUCCAUGCAUUACUGGCAUGUUACUCUGCUAGGAGUGCAAAUGUGUCAUGAGGGAAACAGCUCAGCUGCUGAAGAGGUUGUAAUAUGACAUCUGGACUGCUAGGAGAAGCUUUAACCGAAUGAGAAGGCAAGGAAGAGAAGAGGGGUCAUAGAGUAUGGAUAGGAAUAGAGGGAAUAUAGGAUUAAGCGUUCAGUUGUUGAGAAUAGUUGGGAGGGAGGGUUUGGACUUUGGACUCGAAAUUCCCAGAUUGAGAGAGAUUCUCAUCUUACAUUCUGUCUACCUCGUCUAUUCAUAGUUUUGGCCCUUUGUUACUCUGAUUAAACAAAUUCAUUUAUCUUGAUUCGGAGGGAUGUUUGCAAUGAUUUUUACCAUGGAAAUAUCCAUUGACAUGAUCUGCAGGGAUUCCUGUUGUACAUCAUGCUUUAUGGGGAAUCCCUCGCAUUCAGCCAGUAAUAUAGUAAGUCCAAAUAUAUCAGCAUUACUCCCCUAAAUUCGUCCCUAUCUGUAUGUUAGUAUUUCUCUUUAUAGAAAAAAGUGAAGUAGCUUUCAAUAUAGUUGUCCAAUUGCACAUUAUGCGUUAAUGCCCCUAAAGCCGAGCUCUUUGCCAAUUGCCAGAUAGAAGAAGCUGGACUCAAUCAACCUCUUACUGGUAAGUGGAAGCUUCGUUACAGUUGGCUAAAAAUGAUUCUGUCUGAUUUAAAGAAUGUGCUGAGUUUGUUUUCAUGCGGUGAGUUGGAUUAUUCAAGAAUUUGACUGGAAAUGAAACUCUCAAAAUGUUUGAUCUUUAUUUGAUCAUAUUACAGAAGAAAUCUAAUUUUGUGAAAGUUCAUGUUC